AUGACACAAGAGAAACAAAGAAUGGCUAAUGAAACUAAAAUGAUCAUAAUAACAUCAAAUGAAGAUUUAAUUCGACAAUUUUCUUUAAACAAAACAAAUAAUACACUUAUUAUUGAUUUGGAUAAUCAGAAAGAAAUAACUUUAGCAAACAAUAAUAAUAUCAUUAAUUUGAAUUUACUUGAUGAAUUAUCUGAAUUGAAUUCUACAAGUGAUCAAAUAUAUAAACGUGUACUUAAUUCAUCUGAUCAUAAUAGAUCAAAACCAGUUAAAAUAUCAAGAAAAUCAACAGAUUUAACUUGUACCAUUUGUGGGGAUCGUGCUGUUGGAUUUAAUUAUGAUGCUCUUUCCUGUGCUUCAUGUAAAGCUUUUUUUCGUCGUAAUGCUCAUCAAUCUCUGGAAAAAUUAUCAUGUUUGACAGGUGAAGGUCAAUGUUCAAUAAGCUAUGAAAUGCGUCGUAAAUGUCAACGAUGUCGAUUAAAUCGAUGUUUUGCUAUGGGAAUGAGAAAAGAUUUUAUUCUAAGUGAUGAAGAAAAAGAACGAAGAAAAAAACGUCUUGAAGAAAAUCGAAAUAUAUCAUCAAAACGUUCAUCAACAUCUGAUUCGAAUAAUUCAUUAUUAUCAACAAGUAUUUCAUCAAAUUCUCAAUCAUUUUCACAAACAUUUGAUGAUAUUGAUCAUUUAUUAAUGGAUAUGGAGAAAUAUAAUGAUCAAAUUCUUAUCGAUGAAACUAUAGAUUUAUAUCAUAUUGAAGAUAAAUCAUUGGAAAUAGAAACAUUGUCUUGUCAAGAUCGAUUAACAAUUGAAAAUGUUCAAUCAUCAUUUUUAUCAUAUUUUCAAAAUGAAAAUAUGCAAUGUUUUCCAAUAGAUGCAACAGAUCAUGAAACAGCUCUUAUAUCUUGGUCUCAAUCAGCUAAUCAAAUAGCUUUACGUUUUAUUAGUUUUUUUCGUCAAAUAGAUGAAUUUGAAAGUUUACAUGCUGAUGAUCGUUUUAUUCUUAUUAAAUAUAAUCUUCUUCCUCUUUUUCCAAUAUUUAAAUGUUUUAUUUAUAAACCAAUAAAUAAUUCUUAUUUAAAUGAAGAAAAUCAAAUAAAUGAAAAACAUCAAUUAUUAAUGUUAUCUGAUCAAUCAAUUGAUAUUCGUCGUACAUUGAUUAAUUUAGUACUUUCACUUGUUAAUAUAACUGAACAAGAUCCAAUAUUAUUAUCUCUUUUAUUGCCAAUUCUUAUUUUUUCUCAAGGUUUAUCAAUGAAUGAAAAUGAACCAUCAUUAAAAGACUCAUUAGCUGUUAAUCGAGCUCAAAAUUAUUAUACAAAAUUACUUUGGAAAUAUUCAAUUAAUAAAUGGGGUGAAAUGAAAACUUAUAAACAUAUAACUCAAUUACUCACAGUUAUAUUUCAACUUCAAUUAGCAACUAAAAAAUUUCGAGAAUUUUUUCGUUUUCAAUAUAUUAAAUCAAAUACUGUUGAUAAAGUUACACCACUUAUGCAAACUGUUCUACAUAUAUCUUAA